AUGCUUUCCCGUAGCAAGUUUCCGACAUGGCUUGCUUGGAUGUAUUGUAUGACGAAUGUCGGUUCUUUCAAGCUUUCGAGCAUUUCCCUGAACACGACCGGUCCCGACGCUGGCAACAUGUCGGAAGAGGACCAGAACGUGAGCGAAGUUCUUGCCAAGACCAUCGUCGGUGAAAUGAAGGACUUCGGCUACAUGCCAGAUCCGGAAGACAAGGGAGACAAGGGUGGCGCCAUCGGCGAGCUAGGCAAGAGCUUGGAGUUCUUGAUGCUCAAGGUUGCCCAACUUGAGACCCUGGCGGAGUUGCAGCAGACAGAGCUCGGGAUGGCACAGAAGGAGCUCGGCGAGCAGCGCGCUCUAAUUGAGAAGCUGCAGAAGAAAGUUGAUCCUGAUGAAGCAGGAGUCUCAAUGGCCCAGAAGCAGAAGAGUUCCGAGGAGAGAGUGCAGGAAGCGCAUGACGUCUUGAAGAGAGUGGUCCAGAAGCAUGCUCACCAGCGGGACCACCGGGAGUACCAUCCGGAGGCCCACAAGAAGCCGAAGCAGGCAGCGCACGCAGAUGAAGAGGAGGAGGAGCUGGAGGAAGAGGAGGUUUCAGAAGGCAUCAGCCCCGGACAGUGGCCGAGAUCCCUGCUCCAAAAGCGCGAAGGCUUGAUUCCAGGAGUUCCAAUACCCGGCCUGAGGCGCCGAAUCGAGAAAAAGAUCGAAAAGGGAAUCAAGGAGGGCGUCAAGUACGUCCACAAGGGAGUCGACAAAGCCGUCAAAACGUUGGACGGCACCGGACUCACGGGAGGCGCCUUGACCGAGGCCUACAAGGCCGCCAAAAAGGCGGGGAAUGCCGCGAAGUUCGUGGCAAACACCGCAAUCUCCACAGUGGAGAUGGCCGUGUCGAUCCUGACGGCAGGCUUCGACGAUUGGGAUGCGAGUUGCAGCAAUGCUGCUCCUAGCCUUGGCAUGAGAGGAAGAAAGUUGGAAAUCAACUUCGGGCGCCAGCACUGCAAGGUUUCCCUCAUGAAUCAAAAGAUGACUCUUUACGACUUCAACUGGGGCAAGAAAACCGUAAACCUGCCCGCGCUGCCCGACAAGGUGCAGAAAGUUGCUGAUGGCAGGAUCCAGGAUCUGCUGCCCUCGCAGAUGAAGAUACUUUACCACAUCGGAUGGGAGCUUAAGGACACCUGCAGGGGCACCCCCAACCACAAACACGUGACGGCAUGCCUUGCCAGAUCGCUCACGAAGGUAGGGAAGCUGAUGCACUUCUUGCCCGACCCGGUGCAGAAGGUCGCCAAUGGCAAAGUCCUUGACCUUUUGCCCGAUAAACUGAAGAAGGUCGCGAACGGAAAAUUGUUUGACCUUCUGCCCGACCAGCUGAGAAUUCUCUUCCACCUGGGCUGGGAAUUGUGGCACAGCUGCAAGGGAAACCACAACCACGUUGAGGUGACAAAGUGCCUUGCCAGAUCGCUUGCAAAGUUCAGUCCUCCAUUGGACUUCCUGCCCGACCCGUUGAAGAAAGUUGCCAGCG